AUGGAUAAUUUUUCCGCAUUCCAGCUCUCCCCGGAAGAGCUACAGCGCCGCCACGCACGGCAGCGCAGCCAGAGGCGCGCCUCCAACUCCGGGAUGAGCCAGCCUCCUCGGCUGUCGCACCAGCAGCAGCAGCAUCAGCAACAGCAACAACAGCAGAUGCCAACGGCUAUGGAUACGUCCAUGGUGGGUGUCGAUAGCCUCGACGAUAUCAUCCAGAACAACCACCAGGAGAUGCAGAGACGCCGGAGCCUUCCCCAGGGCCGAUACUCGGGCCAGAUGGAUCAGUCUGAGGUCGACCGCAGGCUCUCCAUGCUCGACUAUAGCCAGAACAACAACGCUUUCGCCGAGUAUCAGUUUGGCAUGAUGAACUCGCCCAACGACGCCAUGAAUGGCGGCUUUCCCGACAUGAAUGCCAAUAUGACCAUGCCUGGCACCUCGGCCAGUUUCUCGCCCCAGACCCUACUCUCUGACGAGUUUCCUGACAUGAUGGGCAACAUGAUUGCCCUCCAAAACAUGAACAUGGGCCACAUGGGCAGCGACCCUACGGCCAUGAACGCCUUCUCGUCCGGCUUUCCCCGGUCUGCUGCCGACAUGUCCAACGACUUUACCAUGGACAUGACCGGCAAUGGCGUACAGAUGGGGCCCCAGAUGAGUGCGGCGCCAAUGACGUCUGGAAAUGGCGUGGCCGCGAACAAUGCUGACCCGUCAAUGAUGGGCGUUUCUCAGAGCUAUAUGCCCACGACCCAGCCGCCCCAGACGCAAACUAACCUCAGCCUCGCCACUGACAUGGCCAAGUUCCAGCAGAGCGUCUCACAGCAGAUACAGCCGCCGCCCCCGCUGUCGGCACAUGCCACAGCGGCUCCGACGCCAAACUAUCAGUCUCCCAUGACGAGCACAGGGACCCCGACGCCCUUUGGUAUGGAGACUAGUGUGCCACCGUCGCAGCUUCCAGCAGCCCUCAGCGCCGCCACUUCGACGGCUGGUCCUAUGGCGGCACCGAAGGAACAGAAGGCCAUAUACUCGAAGAGUGGGUUCGACAUGCUUCGAGCCCUCUGGCAGGUGGCAACGCGGAAGAAUCCGCAGGUAAACCUCGGCGCCGUAGACAUGUCAUGCGCCUUUGUUGUUUGCGACGUCACCAUGAACGACUGUCCCAUUAUUUACGCCUCGGACAACUUCCAGAACCUGACUGGUUACAGCCGGCACGAGAUCAUCGGGCAGAACUGCCGCUUUCUCCAGGCACCGGACGGCAAGGUCGAAGCCGGCACCAAGCGAGAAUUCGUCGACAACGGCGCGGUAUACAACCUGAAGCAGAAGAUCGCCGACUGCAAGGAAGUCCAGCAAAGCCUCAUCAACUACAGGAAGGGCGGAAAUCCGUUCUUGAAUCUGCUGACAAUGAUUCCUAUACCAUGGGACACCCCCGAGAUCAGAUACAUCAUUGGAUUCCAGAUCGACCUGGUCGAGUGCCCCGACGCGAUAUCGUCAUCCGAGUCGGGCCCCGGUACUAUGAAGCUGAACUACAAACAUAGCGACAUUGGACAAUACAUCUGGACACCCCCCGCAUCUUCUCGAUGGGAACCAGAAACCGGUCAAACACUCGGCGUAGAUGACGUGUCGACGUUGCUGCAGCAGUUCACACCCAAGGGAGCCGUGUCAGACUGGCAUCGGCAGUCGUGGGACAAGAUGCUGCUCGAGAACGCGGACGACGUCGUCCACGUCCUGUCUCUGAAAGGCUUGUUCCUGUACCUGUCCCCGUCCUGCAGGCGCGUGCUGGAGUAUGACUCCACCGAACUGGUCGGCAGCUCAAUAUCGACCAUCUGUCACCCAUCCGACAUUGUUCCCGUGACUCGUGAGUUAAAGGACACCACGACGGGAAGCUCGGUGAAUAUCGUCUUCCGUAUCAGACGAAAACAGAGUGGCUACACGUGGUUCGAGAGCCACGGGUCUCUUUUUGUCGAGGCGGGGAAGGGCAGGAAAUGUAUUAUCCUCGUUGGGCGAAAGCGCCCCGUGUUUGCGCUCCAGCGCCGGCAUUUGGAGGCGCAUGGUGGCAUAGGGGACAGCGAGCUGUGGACAAAACUUUCGACAUCGGGCAUGUUCCUCUUUGUGUCAUCGAACGUGCGGUCACUCCUCGAUUUACAACCAGACAACCUCGUGGGUACUAGCAUACAGGAACUCAUGCGAAAGGAAUCGCGAGCCGAGUUCGGGCGCACAAUCGAAAAGGCCCGCAGGGGCAGGAUCGUGACCUGCAAACAUGAGGUCCAAAACCGCCGAGGUCAGGUCCUGCAAGCGCACACAACACUUUAUCCCGGAGAUGCAUCCGAGGGCCAGAAGCCAACUUUUCUGUUGGCUCAAACCAAGUUGAUCAAAUCGUCGUCACGGUCCAUGCCAUCUUCAGCUGUCUCGCUGUCGAAGCAAAGCUCGGCCGGUUCUGUUUCGAGCGAAUCCAAGUCCAUGGCCGGUCUCAGCUCCAUGCAAGACCGCCAAACGCCCAACAGUGGCGGCGUCGUGUCUGCAGCAGCCGGCGGCGGCAUCCCUCUAGGAUCACAAGACCAGGCGCUCGCCUCGGAUGAUAAUAUAUUUGACGAGCUCAAGACGACAAGGUGCACAAGCUGGCAAUACGAGCUGCGCCAGAUGGAGAAAGUCAACCGGGUGCUAGCCGAGGAGUUACACGGCCUCCUCUCGAACAAGAAGAAACGCAAGCGUAGAAAAGGAGUCGGCAACGUUGUCCGUGACUGCGCAAAUUGCCACACCCGCAAUACACCGGAAUGGCGAAGGGGUCCGAGUGGACAACGAGAUCUGUGCAACAGCUGCGGUCUUAGCUCCAGCGUGGGCCAGAACACAAGUGCCGGCACGACACCAAUUGCUUCGAAACCGCCACUUAGCCAGCCCUUGCUUGAGGGCGGUGCCGAAGGUGGUCAGAUGGCCUCCAUUCAAGAAGAGCGCGAGGCGAGUGCGUGA